AUGUGCCAGCGUCAAGAGCUGACUAUCUGCAGCAAGUCACAAGGCCACAGGCGGCCCUCGCCUCACGAAGGGCACGACGCGGGGCGGUGGCGGCGCCGCUCGCUCCUGCGCAGCCGCCGGCGGGCGGGGCCCGAGCGGUCCCCGGGCGGGCGCGGCGAGGCCCCGCCGGCCAUCGCCUUCCGCUUUGCAGCUUCCUGGGCGUGCGGAAACAUGGGGACACCGCAAAAGGAUGUUAUCAUAAAACCCGAUGCCCCAAGCACAUUACUUUCAGAAAAACAUGCAGAAAAACAUGCAGACUAUAUCGCUUCAUAUGGACCAAAGAAAGAUGACUGUGAAUACUGUAUGUCGGAGUAUUUGAGGAUGAGUGGUGUGUACUGGGGACUUACAGCAAUGGAUUUCAUGGGGCAGCUGCACCGAAUAAACAAAGAAGAAAUUUUGUCAUUCAUCAAAUCGUGUCAAUAUGAAUGUGGUGGAAUAAGUGGCAGCAUAGGUCACGAUCCUCAUCUUCUGUAUACCCUCAGUGCUGUCCAGGAUGAGGAGACCGAAGGAUUUGCUGAUAGACCAGGAGAUAUGGUGGAUCCAUUUCACACCUUAUAUGGUAUUGCUGGACUAUCUUUAUUACGAGAAGAACAAAUUAAGGCCGUUAAUCCUGUCUUUUGUAUGCCAGAAGACAUCCUUCGAAGAAUAAACGUGCAGCCUGAGCUUGUAAACUAAGCCUUGUAGAGACAAAAGGUUUAUAUGACCAAUUGCUUUGUUUUACUUAUCUCAUCUGUAAAACCGUCAGCAUAUUCUUCUUUUGGAUGCGUUUACAUUCUGGAACUGAAGCAAUAGCUUUGCUGUGGACUUUGUCACUUUAUACAUUGUAUCAGAACAGGCUGGUUCUCAUAAUCUGAGUAUAACAUGUUCUUUGGUUGUAUUCUAAGAUGUUUAGAAACAUUUAAAUUCUGUAUCUAAAUGUACAGGCCUUGGCUUUUUUUUUUUUUUUUUAAUAUAAUAUUCAAAUCAAAACUUGACUGUGUGAAUGCUUAGCUUUUCUAUCCCUUGAAUAUCAACCAUGCUGGUACUGAUCUUCAUACAGGCCUCUUUCCAUGGUGGAUCAUGCAUUUGAAAAAAGACCCAAGCCAAAACAACAACAAACCCAAACAAACAAACAAAAAACACAGUAAGAUCCUACCUAAGCCACGCACUUAAUACCACACACUUAUGUUUUUAAUUUUUCCUGUUCAUGCAUCAUGUUUUUUUCCAUGUUCAUGCAUCAGUUUUCUGUACUGAGAAACAGCUGCUGCUUCUCACAGUAAUUGAUACCAGUGAAGCCAUGUUUAUGGUUCUUUUUAAUAUAUAUAAAUGUCUUCAUUUAUUGAUGAGUCCCUUAGACAGAAUUCCACCAAUGCUUGAAAUACAGCAUACCUUGAAUACGUUCAGUGAAUCUUGCUAACAUUAAACACUCUAGAGAAAGUCUCCGUUGGACAGUGACUUGUAAUUGAACAUAGAGUUGAUUCUACAUUUGUUGCUGGGCUGAAAUCCUGCUUCUGUAGCUUUAAAGACACUAAUUGUCAAUACUUGAUUAUGUUGUAAUUGAAAAUAAAACUAUCUGUGGAAAAUA